AUGAAGAGAGAAGCAUCGCAAGCUGUAAAGUGCAUCAGCUGUAAAGAAGAAGGUCAUACCAGCUCCCGUUCGCCAGAUUGUCCCAAUCACACUCAAUCGAAGCAGGAAUUCAUCUCGUCUGUCCUAGGCAGUGACUCUACCACGUUUACUAGGAAACUUCCUGUUAGCCGUGCCGUAUUACCUGAGUAUCAAGAAUGGCUUUCUUCAAGAGUCUUUACACAGCAAUUCUGGUAUUCGAUUGGACAACUGGUUACAGGCAAAAAGGUCACUCAUAAGACAGCAGUAAACGACAGUAUCAAGACUUUUUUUUUUGAAGAUUUCAAGGAAGAACAUCCGGCAAUAGUAACCAGUAAAAAUUUCACCAAAGGCUAUAGUCAACCCUACAAGAUUCAAAAUGUGUUCGUUAAUAUGAAGAAAGCUGAUGCUGAGGAGGUAGCAGAAUCAUACUGUUAUCAAAAAAUUUGCAAAGGCGAGCCCGAGUGGCCUGAAAAAAUCGAAUUAAGCAGCCUGGACAAAAGCAAGAUCGAGACGCUCUGCAACUGCUUUGAAAAGCUUGUGAAGGAGAAAGUUACACUUCUGUCACUAGCAGCAAAUCCUGCGAAUUUCGCCAGGCCCUUAUGGUAUAUGCUAUCUGUUUAUGAGCAGGAACAUGCCGAACAUGCACCGUAUGAUGUUCGUAGGCUUCCUUUACCUCGACGCUUCUUCCCUUUCCCAACUCCUUCAACCAGAUGGCAAUUUAUAACCAUAAGUAUAAACGUCUUGAAUCCUUUCGUGCUGCCGGGUACAGUACAAACUGGUUACUUGAAUCAAUUAAAGCAGUUUUAUCGUGUCUUCAGUUUUAUAAAGCUGGGCUUUGAAAGUUUAAAUGACCUCAAGACCAGCCAAGAGAUACUCUUUAAGAAUCUGGUUCGGUCGAAUGGCUUCACUGUUGAUUUUAUUUUCAGUAGGAAGAGAAAAAACAACGUAGUCAUAGAUGGUCAUGAAUUAAAACUCGAAGAUUUCACCUAA